GAAAACACCAUACCACAUCCACACAAGAGUUGCCGCCGCCGCCCGAGCCGAGCCGAGCCGUGAAAGUGCUGGACAGUAGACAUUGGACAGUGGACAGUGGACAUUGAAAAGGAAACUGCAAUUUAUUGCGAAAUUAUAUGCACUUUUACUCGCCAUACCGCCGCCAGUCGCUGGUCAAUUGCUUUACAUAAUCCCAGGGCAAUGUACAAGCACACGGUCAAGUCCAAACUGGCCCAAGUGCGCAGCAGUCCUUCGCCUGCUGUGGCAGCCACGCCCACCCACGCCCCAAACAAACAUGGAUUGGGUGCAGGGAAGAAGUUCUUUUCGCAUAUUCGCCACAAGAUCGAGGACAAUCUGACGCCCAAGUUGAGUGGAAAGCUGUACUACAAGGGCAGCAAGCACACCAGAUCCAUGAGUGCCUUGUGCACAGUAGACGGAGGCUGUGUGGGCGGCAAGUACACGCCCAAAGGAGUGCCAGUGAUUCCUGUUGCGCCCCUCCAGAUGUCCAACCAGCAGAUGACCAGCAGUGUGUGCAGCUACGUGGACAGCGACGAAGAGAGCCAUUUGAGCCUGAGUUUGAGUCUGGCCCAGCAGUCGUUGGAGGACGAGAUAUUCGCAGAGUUGGAGAAGGUGGCUCAUGACGAGAGCAAGUUGAACGAGGUGCUCCAGAGCUUCGAUCAUAUACUCAAUGAGUACCCGCCACUGGAGGGGAUUCCGUUGGUUCCGGCAGAAGAGUUGCCCGCUCCGCCGGCGGAGUUCUGCGAUCGUCAGCCCAUGAUGUUGGCCAAGUCACACAGCACCCUGAGCAUAGGGAGGAACAGGAUGCAGCUCUAUCAGUCGCCAGAACUGGCAGGCUCAAUCCUAUUGCUACGUGGCGCAGGAGGUGACUCGCGUUACAAUUCCUUGAGCGACCUAAGCGGCAGCAGGAUUCCGGUGCGAAAGCAGUCGAGUCUCCGCAAACGCAGCGAGAGUUUCUGCCUGGAGCAACCUGUGACCCUGAAACCGACCACUAAGCAGCGCACACGCUCCAUGCUGACCCUAAACACAGUAGCACGUCCUCCAAGAGCACCAGCUCCAACUCCAGCUUCAGCCCAUGUAAGCAUGCCGAAGCGGGCCAACUCCAGUCUGGAGCAGCGCCAAGUAACCGCCAGACCAGCAGCCAGGAGAGCCAACUCCACCCUGAAGGCAGGUGGCUUGAAAUCAAAGUCUCCAAAUGCGAAUAGUGAUGAGCUGCUGGUCAAGUGCCUGGCCAAGGGUCAAGAGAUCCUGCGACAAGUAGAGAGCAUGAGCUCAAAGCCCAAGAGGACUGGCAGUCGGGGCGUCACCAAGGAGCAUUCGCAGCUCGUGAGGAAUAAGAAGAAGCUUCAAAAGCUCCAAUACGCCAAUGAGGAGAAGGUGGGCAGACCCAAGCUGGAGUCCUGCAAGAUAAUACCCCCCAAACUGGGCGAGACAUCUGACAAAAACCAGGAGCUACUCGUCAAGGUGGUGCAGGAGGUGAAGACUCCAACUCAGGCACCUCUCAAGAAGCCGACCAAGGAAAUCAGGGCGGAGCAGGAAGAAGACUCUGAUGACUCGGGACACAUAAGCAAUACGCAGCUAUCCACAUCCACCUCCUCCACCAGUAACUCCACUGGAAGCCUCUGCGAAUCCGAGGGCGAUGAGGCGGAGGAGCAGGUGGUGCCUCCGGAAGCAAAGAACUGCUCCAAGUCCAACAAGAUCGCCGAGCUGCUCCAGAAGUUCGAGGCUGCAGCGUUGGCUGGAAAGCAGAACACAGCCACCGCACCGCACAACCACUGCCCAACGGUGAUGGCCAGCAAGGUGGUGGCCCAAGUACAAGCGGUGCGAUGCAUCCAGACCCAGGUGGAGAUCUACCCCACCUACACAAAAGAGGUAACUAUGCAGCUGCAUUGACCAGGCAGCGGCAGAUCCGGGCCCGCUUC